AUGGCUGUUACAGCACCCGGCUCAUUGCAGUUCGCAGCAGACCAUCCUCUUGUCACAUGCGUCGUGAUUCUUGCGUCGCUUUAUCUGCUUAUCGCAAGAAGUGGUCAAGAUGAGCCGCCCUCUCUACCCGAGGUCCUGCCAUUCGUUAGCAAUACGUAUCAGUACAUGACAGACCUGCCCACAUUAAUGGGGCGUGCCAGCCGUGCAAUGAUCCGGAGCGACGUUGUUAAAUUCUGGCUUGGGCCUAUGCGUGUUUACCUCGUGAAGGGCGGAGAGAGCGUGCAGGCCAUAUUCCGGUCGUCGUCCACUUUCCGCUAUGAAAAGUUCAUUCUGAUGGUUGUCAAAAACUUGCAAGGUUCUUCAAAGGAAGAUGUCGAAAAGCUCCUUAAGGACAAGUCGUCCCGCAACAAGACGCCAGCCCCAGGCUGGGAAAACAUGCCGCAAGAGCAGAGAUACUGGUACCAGCUGCAUCACCUCACCGUAGACAACCUUUCCAGGACUGAAUCCACGAGUCAUCUAGCCAACAUGUUCACAAAGUUCUUUGGCGACUCCUUGGAAAAACAGCCCUUGGGGGAAUGGGCAACGGUACGAUUGUUCGACUUUUUGAGAAAGGAUAUGGCCGAGAGCGCGCUCAAGUCUUUGUGCGGCACACGAAUCCUGGAGCUAGUGCCCGACUACAUCGACCAAUUUUGGCGUUUUGACAGUAUUGGAGUUCAGGCGGUAUACGGUCUUCCGAAGUGGAUAAACCCUAAGCCGGUUGAAGAACGCGACAAGCUGAACCGCAUGACACAAAAGUUCAUGAAGGACGCGUUCUCCACGUUCGACUGGGAGGGGCACGAUGUUGACUCGCAUUGGGAACCAACCUUCGGAUCCCGCUACUUCAGGAUCAACGCAAACACUAUACCAGUGACUGCCUGGGCCCUGAUGGAAGCUUUGCAGGAUCCUAAGUUGUUUGAAGAAGUCCGUGAAGAGGCCCUCCAGACAGUGAUAAAAGACCCCGCUACCGGAGAACGUUCCUUCGACACGGCAAAGCUCCUCUCCAUGCCCCUGAUGCAGUCCAUUUACGUUGAAUGCAUGCGCCUUCACGUUUCCAUCGCCAUCACCAGAGAAGUCGUCGAGCCAACAAAACUUCAAGGCUAUCGCUUGGAAAAGGGCUCCAUGAUACAGGCCCUGACGAACCUCAUGCAUCUUGAUGAGCAGAUAUGGAGCCAAGAAGGUCACCCUGCUUCGGAGUUUUGGGCAGAGAGGCAUAUCCAGCAGGUAGCGAAGGUGGAUGAAGCUACAGGCGUUCGGACAACGGAAAGGCAGUUUGUCAUGGGUGCAAAGCCCAGUGAAUUCUUUCCAUACGGUGGAGGCAUAUCAAUUUGCCCCGGGCGCUUCUUUGCGAAACAGGAAAUUCUGUUGACCAUUGCCAUGCUUGUAACGAGAUUCGAAAUAGAGUUUGUGGAAUGGACUUGCAAGGAUGGGUCCAAAUCCGAUCGGCCGCCGAUUGACGACAAGCACUACUUUGGGUCGGCUGCUGUACCUCCGGAUAGGGACGCGAAAGUCCGCUGGAGGAGGCUUUGGUAA